CUUUUUCCUUCCCUCUUUGAUAUUCUCCACUCACACACCAAUUUAUUUCACAACUUCUUGUUGAAUCGAAGGAUUUACCUUUAAGGUUUACCUUACCCUAAUUCUAUCCUCUUCUUCCUCUUCUCCUCCUCUCCACCUCGACCACCUUUUACAUCACCACCACCACCCACCAUUUUCUUCUCCAACCCAUCCAUCCAUCCAUCCAUCCAUCUUCACCUCUCUUCCUUUGGACAGAUUUCGAAGUUUUUGAAAUCGUCGGACUACAUCUUCCUCAAUUUCUCAACAACAAAACUUCCAUCCUAUUCUAUUGGAACAUUUAUUCUUUCCACCUUAUCUUCCGUAUAUCCGACAUACGGCCUCGACUUUUUUUCACGAAUCCCUCCUACCAUUUCGACAUCAGGUCUACAGGUCCUACAUUGCCUGUUUACUCCUCGGAACAAUACGAUCACGAAAACAGCUUGCAUCGGUUUAAGAAGAUCCAAAUUCAAUAGAAGAUUAUCCUCUGAAGACUUCACUGUCAAGAAAAGGUUCGUACAAUUAUUUCACCCUCAAUUUCAGCUUGGUUUUACUUCCUGGAACACCACAACAUUAUUCUACAUUCCGUCACCCCCGAUACAACAACAAUAACAACAACAACCACUAUCAAGAAGUCUUACCAUAACGUGUACGAUUCUCCCAUUGAUUACCAUCACCGCCUUCUUCUCGAAUAUACCAAAAUCAUCUCGCUUCGAUUCAAUACUUUUUAUUCCUUCAUCUCCCCUCUCAUUUCAACGUCUGCAUGGUUUUAGAUAUCUUUCGAUAUUUUUCGGCAUUUCAAGAAUCAGUCGCAUCUUUGUCACAUCUUCACAGUCUAUUGUUUGGUGUAUCAGAAUCGGCACAGACUUGAUUUCACGACUAAUUUUACACUGUUCUGAAUGUCAACUAACAAUUUUAAAGGAUUAACCUAGAAUUUCAAGGACUCGAUAUUCACUAGCACCAUUGCAUGAUCAUUAGUUCCAAAAGUUAGUGUCGCUAUCUAAGCACCCAUCAAACCUUUUACUUCGAUUCUUCUCGUACCACAAGGAAUACUUCUUUCAGUCACAUCAUUGGCGGUCAUCUUUUCCGUCUUGCAAAAGUAAUACAAAAGUUUUAUUCACUUAUCAACUUUUUACUUUUAACAAAAGCGAUUGAUGGCGCAUACACAACAAUAAAUUUCAACCUCGCUCUUCAACAAAACAUCCUUUGUCAAUCCGACAACCACGAUAGGACACCAUUUCAUACGAAGCUUCAUCGUUUAGUAGUAUCAGUCAGCUUGCUUGCUUGAUCAACUAGCACAUUAGCAAACCCUUACUAUUACAACAAUUCACAGCAAGAAACAUUUUCUUGCUACCGACCAGAUUCCACAGAAUCUCGUCGGAUCCCUCGAAACUUCGCCCAUCAUGGUUCCCGGAGGUGUAUGUGCUCAUCUGGAAUAUCAGAUUGAUGACAUGACAGACUAUGUGGCAGAUAUGGCACAAAGACUUUUUGACCCUACCACGUCAGUUGCUCCUGAAUUUCGUAAAUUCGUGCUCGGACUCCUUUCGUCUACCCGUCUUCCUCAUACCACCAUUCUCCUCGGCAUGAACUAUCUCGCGAACCGACUCGAAGGCUUGAAGACCGUAUCAAGAGGUGGCCAGAUGUGGCGACUUUUGACAGUUGGAUUACUUCUGGGAAGUAAGUUCUUGGAUGAUAACACAUUCCAGAACAAAUCCUGGUCAGAAGUUAGUGGUAUUGCAGUUGCUGAACUCAACAAGAUGGAACAUGCUUGGUUGGAAGAUAUCGACUGGAAGUUGUAUGUCGACCUUGACAAUAGUUCGGCAUACCAGGCAUGGUUGGCAAACUGGAAACAAUGGGCUGCAGAUAGGAAGGCUAAGGCCGCCACUAUUGAACGCCUUUCUGCUCCGCCUGCACCAUUGGCUCCGAUCGAUACCAGCGUUUCACGCCCCCGUCAAUCCAACUCUAUCUACAGAGGCUACCCGCAAAGUGCCACACAAGAGAGACAGCAAUAUGUUCACUACGAACAUCCUGCUUGGGCCAAUCACUCAUACCCUACCCCUCAGCAUACACCACCAUCUGCUCCUGAUUCGGGUGUGACUACACCAGAAAAUUGGAGUGCUACUGGUCCAGCACCUCAGUAUGAUUGGGGUAUGUACAGCCAGUAUGCGAAAGCAUACAAUAUGGCUGCAGCGAACACUCCUUACGUGAUGCCAGAUAUGUCGACUCGAUUCCACAACCAAUGGCCUCACCACUAUAGUCCUCACCACUACAGUCCUCAACAUUACUUUCAUCAGUACAGUAUUUGGAAUCAUCAACCUUCCGACUACGCUUCUCAGGUGAAGCAACCUUACUUCAUGCCUCACAAUGCGUACGGAGGACACCAGACUGUUGUUAAUUGAGUCAGACUCAACAUGUUUCAUCGAUCAAUUUAAUUCUAUACACGGGAAUACAUUCGGCGCAAGACUCGCCGUUCCAAAAGUUCUUGAUUUCAAUUAUUUCCUUUCAGUGGGUUACUAAGCUCACAUCACGUUUUCAAAAAGAGGUGUCGUCAACGAUCCGUUCGUCUCCUUUAUCACAUGAAAGGAUGACUCGAUAAUAACUACACGGAUUUCUCAUACUACUAUCACGAUCUCGAGUUGCGUUGCACCUCCAAGUGGCCGCCUCGAUCUUACGACUUUACUUUUUCAAAACACAUUUACGGCGUUACAUUAAGCGAUUUUAGAUAUUUCAUUUGUCUUCUCAAAAUGGGUUUGGCAUGGGACCUGGAAGGUUUCUGGGUUGGUGUCUGGGUUUUUAAGGGUUUGGGAGAGGUUUUACUGACUGAAUUUUUCUUCUCUGCAAAUUUUGCUCUUUAGAUCAUUGUGCUCAAGUUCAGAGCUAUACAAAAAAUUCGUGGCAGCUUUCUUGGGGCUCGCUAUUGCAAAAUGUACUUAUGCAUUUUUUUUAUUUUCUCUUUUUGCUCUUCGGCUCUUGCUUCAUCUGGGAGCGGUCUUCAAAAAGCAAACUUCUUGUACUAUGUUUUGUUAUUUUGGAUUUUCAGUCGGCUUCUCAUUAAUGUUGGAGGGGUUGACAUGCACAAAAAUGGCUGGAAGAGGGUAUAAGGGAAGGAUUGCGUUUGUUUUCGAUUUCCUCUUUUCACAAAUGAUGAAUGAGUAUCAUUCUGAUUUUGAUCAAGAUUAAGAUACAUGGGGAAUAUUUGGGUGGAAUGGAUGUGGCAUGGCUUGCGAAUUUGAUAUCUUCUUUGCAUGAAAGAUUGGAACAUAUUGGGAAGGAGGGAAAAUUCGAUUCCGGUUGCGAUACAACUGUUUUCUGGUUUGUUGGGGGGAAUCAUAUUUUGCUUCGUGUUGAGAUGAGUUGAGUGAAAAAUAAUUUUUUGGCUUGAUUGCUUGCAUACUUGAGCAAGUUAUUUCAGAACAAAAAAGGGGGCAUACUUGGGUCUAAGGGUUUCAAUAUCAGUUGUGGCUCUGGAUACAAGAAAGAUGGAUAUUUUUCUCUUUACGAAACGAUUUUAUGAUGGGU